UCUUGCUCCGACACACUGCCUCAAAAUGCUGUUCUUCAGCUUCUUCAAAACGCUGGUCAACCACGAAGUCACUGUCGAGCUGAAAAAUGACAUCUCCAUUCGCGGCACCCUUAAGUCGGUCGAUCAAUUUUUGAACAUCAAGUUGGACAACAUUUCGGUGGUGGAUGAGGUGAAGUUUCCGCAUUUGAGCUCGGUCAAGAAUGUGUUUAUUCGGGGAAGUGUGGUGAGAUAUGUGCACUUGCCUGCGGCAGCAGUGGAUACACCUUUGUUGGAGGAUGCGACGAGGAGAGAGGCAUCACAGACUGCGGCGAAGGCAAAGGCGAGCUGAGUGGGAGACGAGACAUGAGAGACCGAAAAGGCUCAGCACGACACACACACGGGGUGGCCUGGGAGAGUCGAGAGUUCCGCAGCCCGAGCACCAAAUGAGGCUGAGCAGCGGACGCUAUUACGCCGGAGAGCGACAAGUAUCUCACUCGUGCUGCUUCAUGGACCUUGGGCGGCCAGAUGCCAGACGGGAAGAGGAGCAGACACAAACACACGCGAAGGCACCGAUGUCACAAGAUGAGACGUGGAGGAUUGGUAGCGUUGGUCCGACCUCUGGUCAGAAAAAUCAAAGUUCUGGUUU